AUGGCUCUAAGAAUCUUGUCUACUUCUCACAUCAACAUCACAAAUAAAAACAUUUAUCUUUUCCUAGUUCGAGGAGUUGUAUCUGCCUUGCACAUACCCGGUCAUUUAUCAAAAGCAGCAGUGUCAAUAUUAACUCCUGAUUUGAGCAAUAUUGACAGAUUGAUUACUGAUGACUUAGUGAAAUUGCAAACAAAUCUUUCAUCGAGAAAAUCAUCAUUUCAUCUGGAUUCUUUUAUUCAACAAUGGAAGCACAUGGUCGAACUCCAUCUUCAGCGCGAAGAUCUUGAAACCAGAAGAAUUGAAGUCACCCAAUUGAUGAAGCAAGUCGCGUCCAAUACUGCAGAUACCACUCGCCCCAAUAAGAUUGAAGAAGUUAAACAAGAAGGUAUAAGAUUGAGAACCCAAUUGAAAGAACUAACGAAAGUAUGGUGGGAUGUCGAAGAAACAGCCGUGACUCGAGCUUUGAGCCUUCCUAACAGCUUACAUUCUGAAACACCCAUUGAAGAUAGCAGAGAGUUGUAUUCCUUCAUUCCUCCGAAAUCCGCACAUAGCCCCAAUGAUUCCACCAAGCUGGACGUAAAGUUUGUCAGUCACAGUCCUACAGCUUUCUAUAUGAGAGGUCUUUCUGCUCGGCUUGAACUGAAUUGGAUGCGAAAUUUCAGCAACGAUUGGAUCAGCAAGGGCUACAACUUGAUUUCACCACCCGAUUUCGUUAGAUCAUUAAUAGUUGAUGGUUGCGGUCUUGAUUUCAAUAAUCCCCAAAAAGUGUUGAGUCUAGCUACAGUUCCAGAUCACGGCAGUCUUGAAAAAGGGAACGGUUUCCAUCUAGUUGGCGGUUCCUCAUUACCCGCCAUGGUGGCGUUCCUGACUAAAAAUGCUAUCGAAGAGCCGAUUCCAUUGCGACUGGCAUCUGCUGGGCGUACUUACCAUCCUCCGACGGAAUCAAACCACGAAGACCUUACCAAUACCACACAAGCUUCAUCCAUACACUUGUUAACCGUAAUGAAGAAUUGUCCAGAUGCCAUGUUUAAAGAAGUUGUACGCGUCCAAGAAACCAUUUCAAUGCAGUUGCAAAAACUUGACGUGAAUUUCAGGAUCAUUGCUGUACCUGCCCGUCAGUUGGAGUCAUGGGAACAGUACCGCUCGUCUGUUGAACUCUUCUCGUCAUCGUCUAAGAAGUUCAUUCAAGUAGCCAACAUUUCGAUCAUCGGUGACUAUAUUUCUAGACGGCUCUCCAUUUAUGGUCCAAACAAAGAGUGGCCCGGUUUUGUAACAUCCCAAGCCCUGUCUGUUCCAAAACUGCUUUAUUGUUAUUUAAAAAACUAG